AUGGGUGAUGUUGAAAAGAGCAAGAAGAGUUUUGUUCAGAAGUGUGCCCAGUGCCAUACUGUGGAAAAGGGAGGCAAGCACAAGACUGGCCAAACUCCAUCGAUUAUUGGGCAAAAGACAAGUUAGGCCCUUGGAUUUUCUUACACGGAUGCCAACAAGAACAAAGGCAUCACCUGGGGAGAGGAAACCCUGAUGGAGUAUUUGGAGAAUCCCAAGAAGUACAUCCCUGGAACAAAAAUGAUCUUCGCUGGCAUUAAGAAGGCAGGGGAAAGAGCAGACUUAAUAGCUUAUCUCAAAAAAGCCACUAAGGAGUAA